CUUCAUCGGAACUGCCGUGCGGGGAACCCCUCACGCUGUUGUACCAACCAGCUGUUAGGUCGCACCCGGCAGAACGAGCGUAUCAAAGGCGGGCGGAGUGGCCGCAUCGUGCAGACUUUCCCUUCUCGACCAGCUCCAAGCCCAUCCCCAAAUCAAAAACCAGAAAUCCUUCUGCGUCUGAGUCGCCACCACCAGCCCGACCAAUCGUCGCAUAUCCUUGACUUAUCGACCUUUCCCCCUCUUUGGUCGAGGGAUUUGUUAUAGUCCACAAGCUUAUCGUAACUGAUAAUAAUAUCGGUGGAUUUGUACAGCUUCGAUAUUGCCGAAGUCUUGCCUAAAGAAGAAGGAACUGGCGGUUUAAUUCGGCUAGCUAGAUACAGUAGCUUAUGUAUGCGGACUCUUGCGUACUACGUUGUUGUGUUCGAAGCAUAUUAUUAUUCGAAUUCGCCGAGGUUAUUAUUGUUUCUAGCUAGACUACUAGACGCAUGAUGCCAUGCGGAGGGUGGUUGUUACUGGAUUGGGCGCAGUGACGCCUCUUGGUGUAGGUAUCCGCCAUACUUGGUCUCGUUUACUAGACGGCCACUGCGGAAUCGUCAAUGUUGCAGACCGUCACCCACGAUUUGCCGAAAUUCCAUCGCAGAUCGCUGCAGUUGUCCCAUCUGGCGUUCGCAAAGAUGGAGGGUGGAAGCCGUCGGAAUGGCUAAGUCGGGAUGACGAGCGUAAAAUGGCUAAAUUCACCCAAUUCGCCUUGGCUGCCACCCAGGAAGCCCUCGAUGAUGCUGGCUGGAGACCGCUAUCCCAUGAACAGCGGGAGGCAACGGGUGUCUGUUUGGGCUCCGGGAUUGGGAACUUUGAAGAAAUCUACGAUACUGUUGUGGCGUAUGAACACAAUGGAUACAAGAAAAUCUCGCCUUUGUUUGUCCCCAAACUGCUCAUAAAUCUUGGCGCAGGACAUAUUUCCAUGAAAUUCGGUUUCACGGGCCCUAAUCAUGCCGCAACGACAGCGUGUACCACGGGUGCCCACUCCGUAGGAGACGCUGCUCGUUUUAUUGCUUUUGGCGAUGCAGAUGUCAUGGUAGCCGGCGGCGCUGAGUCUUGUAUCCAUCCUCUAGCACUAGGAGGCUUUGCGCGCGCGAGAAGCCUUUCUACUGGCUACAACGACAAUCCCACAAAAUCAUCAAGACCAUUUGAUGCCGAUCGCCAAGGUUUCGUUGUGGGAGAAGGAGCUGCAGUCAUGAUUCUUGAGGAACUCGAACACGCCAAGACACGCGGUGCUCGUAUAUAUGCUGAAGUAAAAGGCUACGGCACAUCUGGAGAUGCAUAUCACUUAACAGCGCCCAAAGAGAACGGUGAAGGGGCUCUAGCUGCCAUGAGAAAGGCGCUGAAGAACGCCAAAAUGCCGCCUUCGGCAGUCGAUUAUAUCAAUGCGCACGCGACUUCAACGGUAGUAGGGGAUGCUGCUGAGAAUGCAGCUAUAAAGACAUUACUACUCGGUCCUGAGGGGAAGUCAGAUGCUGGGGAAAUCAAUGUGAGCAGUACUAAAGGUGCGAUUGGCCACUUGUUGGGUGGUGCAGGGGCCAUUGAGGCUAUCUUUGCGGUUUUGGCUAUUCACGAGAAUAUCAUGCCCCCCACUAUCAACCUCGACAAUAAGGCGCCCGAAUUCAACUGCAACUAUGCCGCCAACGCGGCGCAAGAGCGAAAUAUAGCCGUCGCCUUGACAAACAGUUUCGGAUUUGGCGGGACGAACAGCACGAUCUGUUUUGCAAGAUACCAAUAGACUGUAAUUUUAUCGUGUAUAAUCUAUGUAUAUUAGUGAAGUGAGAAAUAAAAUAAAAGAACGUC